CCCUCGCCCCACCCCACCCCCUAUACUCGCCCCUCCCCCCCGCACAUCCUCUCCACUCAUCACGACGAGGACGAUGAAGACGGGACGUUGUUGACGGCUUUGUUGUUGUUUGGUGCGUUGUUGUUGUUGUGUUGUUGUGUGUGGAGGAGAGGCCGCCGCUCUUCACGGGCGGGGCCCUGUCGUCACAACAACAGCAGCAGCAGCAUACCGAGCGAGUGGUGCCGUGGGACAGAAUGUCGAUGGAAAUUCUUGACUUUGGCUCGGAUUCUUCCGAGUACCGGAUGGACUUUACCGACUCGGAGGCCGUGGAGCCUUGCCGUACCAUGGACAGCCUGGACCUUCUCGGAGAGGGGGUGGGGGUGGAUAUGUUUGCGGCGGUCGAGUCGCUUCUGCGCGAUGACGGUUUCCUGGGAGGAUGGGAUGCGCAGCAGAACGGCGGUACCACUGACAUCCUUGGAGAGCAAGACCUUGAGCUGGAGAGCUUCUUCGAUUCGCUCUUUGCUUGUGACGACCAGGGGUCGUCGCCACCCCUGUCGGUGUCGUCCGGCACGUCUCCCGAGUCAUCCCCGGAGCCAUGCGUGGCACCGCUAAGCAGCGUCAACAGUGUGUUGGUGGACCACUGUUACCACAGCAAUGGCAACGAGCAAGGAGUCCGCUCACCCAGUCAGAGUAGCUCAGCCGACCAAUCGGAUAGCUCAGAGGAGCUGGAAGGUGUGGUCACGGAAAUUCCAAACCACGAUUAUCAAGCGACGACUGUCGACAUAUCGGACAUUGAUGACAUUUGUGCAGAAGUUACAUCUCAAGUGGACCUUCCCACGACGCCGUCCUUUGCCUCAACUCUGUGCGCCUUAGUGUAUCCCUUCAGACCCCGAACCACCUCCCAGCAAGUGGAGAAUGCGAUGAUGUGGCCUAAGCUGGUGCUGUCUGAGGAAGAGAAGAAGUUGCUUUUGGAGGAAGGUGCUGACCUGCCCACGGAUCUCCCUCUUACCAAGGCGGAAGAGCGCGUGCUGAGGAAGGUGCGCAGGAAGAUUCGCAACAAAAUCUCGGCGCAGGAGAGCCGGCGCAAGAAAAAAGACUACAUGGAUGGCCUGGAGAGCAGGGUGGCGACAUGCACGGCUCAGAAUGUGCAGCUGCAGAGGCGAGUCGAUCAGCUGCAGAAACAGAACAUGUCCCUUCUGGCCCAACUGAAAAAGCUGCAGGCGUUGGUGCGGCAGACAACAAACAAGAAUGCGCCUACAAGCACGUGUAUUCUUGUGUUUGUGCUCUCCUUUGCACUGAUUCUCUUUCCGAGCAUAAACCCUUUUGGUGGAAAACAAGAUUCUGGCGUGGAACCUGCAAUAUCAGGAGUGAGGACACGGACAUUGAAGUCUGACCCGUACGUGGCAAACGCCAAGGACAUGAACGUGCCGUCCUCCUUGGAGAUGGAGAAAUCAUUUCAGGGUAUGGAUUGGCCGGACGGUGGGGUGCAUCUCUACGGGACAGAAGCUGACGAACCGACCGUGGAGCUCGAUGGCUGGACUGACGAUGAGUUGAUGUUGAACGGCAGCUUCGUGGUGACGCACGCGAACAAGACAGUUGUCGACGUUGCCAAGAUACUACACGCGGACGAGAUGUGACCCACGAUUCGAAGAACGCCGUAAAUGUUUAUCCCCCUGCAUUUUCAUUGUCUCACAGUGUGGUGGUCUCUCAUUUUUAUUCGUGUGCAGCAUGCAGUAUCAUCUUAGGCAAUGCGUGCAGGGUUCAGUUGUUGGCUUUGCAUGCUUUGUCACGCUUAUUUCCGUAAUGUACUGCUUUUCUGUUUCGUACAAAUCAUACACUUUUCUGUUAUUGACUGUAAGAUGUGAGUCGUGUAGAAUAUGCACAGUUAAUGUCUUCCAGUUGCCUUGUUUAUCAUUUAAAACUUGCAGUAAUAGAAAAUAUUGACAAUGAAAAUCAUUUUUUUUCCAUUAAAAAGAAAACUAAGAAAACAGAAUGUAUCAUAUGGAGAGCACUUAUUUGCCUGUCGCAAGUCCUAAUUUGCAAAAAGUGCAGUCUGGUGACAUAAUUUUUCCACAAUUGUAAUUCGCUGUGCAUCACGUAAUCGUUUGUAUAUUGCCUUGCAGUAGAUUGUUACACUUUAUACAUUUUCAAAAUUUACGCAGUGAAAACUUAUUUGCAGAGAGUGAACGGUUCGAUAGGCUGUGCCUCCUUCCCCCAGUCCAAGCUAUCUGUGUGUUGAGGCAAACUGCCACAGCAGAGGAUUGGUCCUGGCCAAAGGGAAUUUGAACUACUGUGUUAAAAAUCAUAUGAAGAGCUACACUGGGACAUUUCGAGAUUGUGAUCUUUAUUGGAACCGACUGUUGAGAAAUUGAGGUUAUGAUUGCUUUGUGAAAAAAUCUGAUUGCGAGUCCGUCAAUUUUGGAGGCAAUUCAACAUUAAAUUUUGACUUUAAACUUUCGUGACUGCAAGAAUUCGUGUUCUUUGGUUCUUUCGGUAAAGUCACGUAGAUAGAAAAAAAUUAAUAAAAGUAAAUCAUAAAAAAACUAUGACGUUUCGAUCACAACACAAGUGAUCGUCUUCAGGGAAAAAAAAGACGAUCGCUUGUGUUGUGAUCGAAACGUCGUUUUUAUUUUAUUUACUUUUAUUAUUUUUUCUAUUUACGUGACUCCCGAAAGAACCAAAGAAUAACAAUUCAACAGUGUACACUUUUUUGUAUGGAAAAGUAACACAUUUUUGAGUUACGGCCUUAAAAGUGAUAUGAAUAACAAAUAUAUAAUAAGUCAGUGAUUAAUAUAUCAUAAUUAGGCACAUAACACUUAUCCUUAUAUGCUCGGUUCAAAAGAGUAUUCAAAGUUCUGAAUGCAAACAGCAUUACAAAAUCGUGAGGCCAACUUGGUGUGUUUUUCAAAAACUGAAAUGGAAGAUUCAAAUCAAGGUGAUUGCUGCUGUAAUUGCGGUUUCUAUAAGAUUGAAAGCUUUUGAAGUGUGCUCUGACGAUUUUAAAGUUUGGCACUUGAAAAUAAAUGUCUGGAUGUGUUGUUUGUGUUUAAAGAUGAAUGCGCCUAUGGAUGUGUAGGACAUUGAAAUUAUGUACCAUUUAAGAAGUCUGUUAUAUAGCAGUCAAAACAAUGUGUUAAGUUAUUUUUUAUAAUUUACACAGCUAAUAAACAUGAAUAUCACAGU